CAGAUAUUUUCUGGUCUCGGUUUUAGGUUGUAGCAAGCUCUACACUAGAUGGCCUUGAGCUACGCUCUCCAUCUCCUUCGUCCACUCCACCACAUAGCCGAUUUCCUCGCGGUCCUUCCUCCGUCAGGAACUCGAAACACUUUGCUUCUUUCGCUUUUUCUGUUGCUCCACAGAGCCAUCAUUGCAAAUAGCUAUCUCACGUAGUUCAUUUUCUUGUGUCGCAAAUGCCUACGAAUAAGCCGCGCAGACUGCACGGCUGGUAGACAGCUGGCAGCGUCUUUUCACCAUGGCGGCUCCAUUCACAGACGACGAAAAGCGAUUCAUUCUCUGUGAGAUGAUCAAGCAAAGCAAGUUGGAUGUGGAUGUGCUCGUCAACCUUGUCAAGUCGAGGAAUAUCGAGCCGGACUGGUGGUUUUCUAUGCAUUUGCCUCAUGGGCGUACCAUAAACCAAUGUCUCGAAGCUGCUUCCGACAUGUUGGAGACGACAAUGGAACGACCGAGCCUCAAGCGCAAAUCUCUCGGGGAUCUUCACGAUGAGCACGCCACAAAACGGUCAACCGUCACGGAACUCCUUUCCCAACCAUCGCCCUCGACUCCCUCGGUUGCUGCUUCCCAUCCCGGUACCUUAACACCCGUCUCGGCGCCUGCAAGAGCUGAUUGCUUCUUCCAACAAUCUGUACCCAAUACGCGACACGUGAAUAUUCGGCCGCGACCUCCAGUUACGGGAACACCGGUUCCCUCGGCCCCGCCGCCUCUUCCACCUGGUCCAAUUCAGCCAGCACCGACCGGUCGACGUAGAGGAAGACCACCGAGGGCGGAUAAGACCAGACAACUACGUCCCUUGCUGCCACAAAACCUGGCGCCUCUGGCUCCCCGGAUAGAUUCCCAACCAGCCGCGGGCACUCGUCUGUUACCACCGGGAAGCUCCCCGGAUACUGGGGCCGGGCCUCACACCACGGCGGAAGAGACGCAUCAGACAUCGGAAUCAGCUAGGACGCCAGGUCAACAAUCCGUGGGAGCUUUGAAGGCUGCGAAAAAAAGGGGCCGGCCGCCUCUAGCCGACAAGACCAGAACGGCAAGUCUGUUCCUUCGCCGUCUGGCGACGCUCAGUAUCUUAUGCUAAUGGCUUCUUCGACAGAAACAUGAACACGUAGAAGGCAGUUCUGAGCCCGCGGCCCGCCUUUCCCCUGGGUCCAGGCCUGAUCAAAGUCGAAAUUAUCCGAGUGAUCCACCAGUACCGUCGAGGCCAGGAACGGCGCCAUUCCCACCAUCUACA